GGAACCCAGUUAGUGAGCUGCAGGCAAAGGUUCCGAUGCGUCUGUUUGUAGUGCUGAGUGUUUGUGUGGCGUUAGCUUCCGCCGGAGGUUACGGCGGUGGAGGCGGCGGUGGUGGCGGUGGACACGCCGGAGCAUCCGCUUCCUCGUCCGCUUCUGCCGGUGCGAUUGGAGGCGGCGAUGGAGGCGGUAAGCUCGGCGGAGGUUAUGGAUCUGGUGGUCACGGUUCUGGAGGACACGGAUCUGGCGGCUUCGGCUCUGGCGGUGAUUUAGGAUUUGGAGGCGGCGGUGUCGGAGGAGGUCCCUUCGCAGGUGGCCAUGCUGGCGGUGGAGUGAUUUCCGGCGGAGGUCAUUCUGGAGGUGGAGGCGGCAUCGGUGGUGGUCCUGGAAUCGGAUCAGGCGGCCAUUCCGGUGGAGGAAUCGGUGGCGGUCCUGGAUUUGGAUCAGGUGGAUAUUCCGGAGGAGGUGGCGGAAUCGGCGGUGGAGGUGGCCAUUCUGGUGGAGGUGGCGGUAUCGGUGGCGGCCCUGGAUUUGGAGGAAUCGGCGGCGCCGGUAGCUCUGCAUCAUCUUCAGUUGGAGGUUUUGAUGGAGGUCAUGGCGGCGGAGGUCACGGCGGCGGAGGUCACGGCGGCGGAGGCUUCGGACCAGGUGGAGGAAUCGGAGGAGGCCAUUCUGGAGGGGGAGGAGGCUUCGGUCCCGGCAUUGGAGGCGGUGGUGGAGGCUUCGGCCCCGGCAUUGGCGGCGGUGGUGGAGGCUUCGGCCCCGGCAUUGGAGGCGGUUCCGGUGGUGGACACCUUGGUGGCGGCCUUAGUCACAAGCACAAAGGUCAUGGAGGCGGAGGCGGAUUCAAAGGCGGAUAUGGAGGCGGCGGCGGAGGCGGAGGUGGCGGCGGUGGCGGCUACGGAAUUCUACCUGCAGUCCCCUACGGUGGCGGACCAGGCGGUGGUGGUGGCUACGGAGGUGGCUCCGGAGCCUCUGCUUCAGCCAGUGCCAGUGCUUCAGCAGGAGCUGGCGGCGGCUAUCAUGGCUAGUCUGGAUUACCCAAAGCCGAAUAUACCUGUAAUUCUCCCAGUGGCCUAAAGUAUUACAACAAAACCGAUCAAAUAUAGUUUUUGUACUCAACAA